GGCUAGGGCCCUCCAGCGCGCACGCGCGAGCAGCAUCCCUGGUGGCGGUCCGGUAUCCGAAAGCACCCGCGGUCGUCAUGUCGGCGUCGGUGGUGUCCGUCAUCUCGCGGUUCCUGGAGGAGUACCUGAGCUCCACUCCGCAGCGGCUGAAGUUGCUGGACGCCUAUCUGCUUUAUAUACUGCUGACCGGGGCGCUGCAGUUCGGCUACUGUCUGCUCGUGGGCACCUUCCCCUUCAACUCUUUCCUCUCCGGCUUCAUCUCUUGUGUGGGCAGCUUCAUCCUAGCGGUUUGCUUGAGAAUACAGAUCAACCCCCAGAACAAGGCGGAUUUCCAAGGCAUCUCUCCAGAGCGAGCCUUCGCUGACUUUCUCUUCGCCAGUACCAUCCUGCACCUCGUCGUCAUGAACUUUGUCGGCUGAGCUGCUCCCAUCACCUUGGCUGAGGAGCUGGAGUCUGGCAGAAUGUAAGUGGCCAUCACAGCCCUUG